GCAUGGGGAGGAUUCUGACCCACUUUCAGAGCCAUUCGACGAGAUGGCGGUGAUGAUCUCAGGUCACGGCAAGCCACAUGGCCGGACCAGCAUUCUUAAUGAGGUGCACAAGCCUACCAUCACUCUUCCACGAAUCCGGAACAUGACCUCGAGCUCCGGUGUGUGUAUGCCACCUCGUCCACGGCGUUCGACCCAGACUUCCGACGAUGCCCGCAUGAUGGAAGCCUAUGAGCAGCUUCAGGAAGAGUUUCAACAUAAGAUGCAUGAAUACGAAGUGGCGAAUUCUGCCUCAAGAGAACACAUGCAAGAACAAACCAAGGCGCUUUUCGCGGCUCUGGCAGCUGGUGGUCCGCCGCCACAGUAUGUGGAACCUCCAGUGAUACCACCGUUGCCAAAGAUGCCCACGAAGGCGGAAUUCCUCGCACAGUUCCACGGCGGGACUCCGGGAUCCUCGACUCACUCGAACAAUCCCUUUGGUCGUGCUGCUGCCUCCUCGCCAUAUGCUUCGCCCGCCGAGAGGACUCCGCUUCACUUUGGUGGUCCGAGUCCUGGUCACUCCGCCGGCGUCUCUCCCCGUCGCGAGAGCCGUGAGUCCCGCCAACACUCGCCGCAGCUGUGAUGAUGCUCUCGAAGGUGAUCCAGGAUGACCUGUUGAUACUAUCUCUUGAUUAUGUAUGGAUGUUGCUUAGUUCAUGGCAUGUUGUCUAUGACCGGUGAUCCAGGAUGUUAGACCUAUGUUACAU